UCCUCUGUCAGCUAAACACCAUCAAGCAACCAGACACUUGAGAGUAAAUCCGGUAGGGGAAUAGGCAACAGCUGAAAGCCUAGAAGGCAAAAAUCACCUCGGGACGACCCGGAGCCCCGGGGCAGGUGACACAUUCAAGGUUUCCUUGGCUCUGGUUUGAUAGUUUCAUCCCCGCCCACUGGCAAGAGAGCUAGCUCCCAGCGCCGCUGCACAGGCGCGCGGAGGGGCGACCAUAAAAGCUGUAGCGGAGCAGAGAAGCAGAGCUCGCCCACCAUCCGCGGAGAAGCGACCCACCAUGCACGUGAACGGCAAAGUGGCCCUGGUGACCGGUGCAGCGCAGGGCAUAGGCAGGGCCUUCGCCGAGGCUCUGCUGCACCAUGGCGCCAAGGUAGCAUUGGUGGACUGGAAUCUCGAGGCAGGUGUAAAGUGUAAAGCUGCCCUGGAUGAGCAGUUCGAACCUCAGAAGACGCUGUUCGUCCAGUGUGAUGUGGCUGACCAGGAACAACUGAGAGAUACUUUUAGGAAAGUCGUGGACCAUUUUGGAAGAUUGGAUAUUUUGGUCAACAAUGCAGGAGUGAACAAUGAGAAAAACUGGGAACAGACACUGCAAAUUAAUUUGGUUUCUGUUAUCAGUGGAACCUACCUUGGUUUGGAUUACAUGAGUAAGCAAAAUGGAGGUGAAGGUGGCGUCAUCAUCAAUAUGUCUUCAUUAGCAGGACUUAUGCCUGUUGCACAACAACCUGUUUAUUGUGCUUCAAAGCACGGCAUAAUCGGAUUCACGCGCUCAGCAGCGAUGGCUGCUAACCUUAUGAAGAGUGGAGUACGACUGAAUGCCAUUUGUCCAGGCUUUGUCAACACACCCAUCCUUGAGUCCAUUGAAAAAGAAGAAAAUAUGGGUCAAUAUAUAGAAUAUAAGGAUCAGAUCAAGGCUAUGAUGAAAUUCUAUGGAAUCUUGGACCCAUCAAUCAUUGCCAACGGAUUACUAACUCUCAUUGAAGAUGAUACUUUCAACGGUGCCAUUAUGAAGAUCACAGCAUCUAAAGGAAUUCAUUUUCAAGAUUAUGACAUCACACCAUCGACUGUAAAAGCUCCAUGAAUGUCUUAAGCAUCAACUAUACUGAAACUAAGCACAAAUGGCUCACUCAGACUGCAUCUUUAUUAAUAUAGCUUUUGAAAUGAAAUGCUGUAGUAUGGAACCUACCUGCACGCAUCUGAUGUCAAUAUUUUUCUUAAAUGAUUUGUUCGAAGUGUAGAUAAAGAUGUACGAUAAGCUAGCAAAAAAAAAAAAAAGUGCAGUGCAAGCCAAAACCAGGUUAUAACCUACAUCCUCUAAGGACAAAACAAAGGAUAUUCGAGAGAUAUUCUGCCUUUCAGAAAAUGUAUUUAUCACCGUGACUCAUAAAUAUUAAUGGUUUUCAGAAAGGAGAUACUUGAAUUGUUAUUUAAGUCAAAACACAUCUUAAAUGAUUCACUAUGUACGUUUGCACUUCAAAAGGGAGGAGCUACUUUGCAAUGGAAAUAUUUAGUAAUAACAGCUUGUGCAUGAUCUACAAGAUGAACAUGUCAACUCUGAAGAUCUGCUGUUGGGGGUUCCAGUAGUUAGGAAAUGAGUUCCAGUGUGACCAUGUCCCAAUAAUACAUCUGAUGUAUGGGAAAAUGAUACUUGUACUAUCAGUGAAGACUCACACUUCAGCCUCAAACCAAGGAAGAUGGUCUUGCUUUCCUUCCUAAUUUUAUAAUUCAAUUGAUUCAAAAGACCUCAGGAAUGAAACUUUUAAUAGUUGUAACAAUAAAGGAGGAAACUAUAAAAUUUUAUAUGUACUAUAUAUGCUUAUUAAGAAAUGAUUCAAAUAUAUUUUCCUGAUUAUUUCUUUGUUGGUUUGUACUAAUUUCAAAAGUGCCUAUCUUUCAAUAAAACUCUUUUAUUCAAACUCA